AUGAGAUCAUUGAAACACAUCGCGGCCCCGCUCGCGGCCUUUGCUCUCCCCUUUACGCACGGCAUACGCAUUAUCCAGACCAACGAUGAUGGUUGGGCCGAGGGGAAUCUUCGCGUCCUCAAUGACGCCUUGAAUGCCCUGGGACAUCAAGUCGUCUUGUCCGCUCCUGCGGAGAACCAGUCAGGCAGAGGCUCCCUGGACAGAGACCCUCAACCGCGCAAAGACCCAUGCAUGUACGAUAGCUGCCCAGCCAACUCUGGCCCCGUUGGGUCCAACGCCACUCGCCCAGAUCUCAACUGGGUAAACUCCUUCCCGGCCACUUCUGCCCGCUACGGCAUCGACAGCAUCGGCCCCAAGCUCUGGAGCGGCGCGAAGCCGGAGCUCGUCGUCACGGGGCCCAACGUGGGCGCAAACCUCUGGCUGGUCGACUGGGUAUCUGGCACCGUCGGCGCUGCCUGUUAUGCCGCUCACGACGCUGGCAUUCCUGCCAUUGCAUUUUCCGGGGCAAACACGGACACUCACCCUUGGAACACGCCGGCUUCGCUGGAGAGCGCCGUCUUUGCCGAGAUUUCCGCAAACAUUACCCAGAGCAUCAUCGACGCGGGAGAGCCAUACCUGCCCAAGGACGUCUUUCUCAAUGUCAACAUGCCCAAGAUUGUGGCGGGUGGGAGCUGCUCCAAGGCAUCGGACGUCAAGUACGUUCUUAGUCGCAUCACGUCGGGCAUUUUUUCGACCCCCGACGUCAAUUGGUGUGGUGGCUCGCGUCUGCCUUCGGAGCUGCAUGUGCAUCAGAGCACGCCUUGUUCCGUGUCGAUUAGUGUGGGGGAUGCGAGCGAUAAGACAACGGCCGAUGCGGACGCGCAGCAGAAGGUCUUGGACAAGCUGAAGCCCCUGUUGAGCUGCCUGUGA